CCCCCGUGGCCUGGGGUUGGAUUGGAACCAGCGCCCCCUAAAGGGGAAAGGUCCCAGUUCCUUGUAACUCCCUCUAGGGGGGCUUCCCUUCCAGCUGCUGCGAUGCUGGGACUCUUCCCCUGCCUGCUCCUCCUCUCCCUGCCGGGCUCCAGCUCUGGCUCCGAUGACGACGGCACCGUGGUGCUCACCACCAGCGGCCCCAUCCGGGGCAAGCGCCUUCCGGCCGGCUCCAGCACAGUGACGGCCUUCCUGGGCAUCCCCUAUGCCGAGCCCCCCGUGGGGGCCUUGCGCUUCCAGAAACCGCUUCCCCACCAGCCCUGGAGCCACGUCCUGGAGACCACCAGCUUUGGCAACGCCUGCCACCAGCCGCUGCUUACUGGUUACCCUGAUGCCUAUAUGUGGACACCCAAAAUGCCGCAGUCCGAGGACUGCCUCUUCCUCAACGUCUGGGUGCCCCAUCCCCGGCCCCCCGCGCCGGCCCCCGUCCUCGUCUGGAUCCACGGCGGGGGGUUCUUCGUAGGUGCAGCCUCCUUGGAGCUCCAAGAUGGGCGCUUCUUAGCCGCCACCGAGAAU